UACUACUCCCACAGUCCACGUCAACUUGACAGUCAACUGGUACGAAGUACAAUAUCGCAAGCUUAUUCAUUGUUACACAGACUGUCAGCGUAAUUCGGUUCUGGAAGAUGUUGCCACCGCGUUCGACAGAGCUGCCUGGUCGGAAGAAAGCUUGGAAGCCAAAGACGAAGACGGGGUGUAUAACAUGCAGAAGCCGGAGGAUCAAAUGCGACGAGGAGAAGCCGCACUGUAAAAGGUGCACAUCUACAGGAAGAAGGUGCGAUGGUUAUGGUGCCUUAACCUUAACCGCACAAACGCAACAAAUCAUAAUAUCGCCUACAAACACCUCUCUCGCAUCUGCUAUGAACGGACUUCAACUUAAUUCUGCUCAGGAGCAGGAGGCAUUCCACUUCUAUCAAUAUCGCAGUGUCGGUGAGAUAUCCGGAUUAUACGACAAGCAGUUCUGGGAAGUGCAAGUACUUCAGGCAGCUCAAGCUUCUGCUGCUGUUCGCCACGCCGUCAUCUCAUUGGCAUCUCUACAUCGCAAGUUCAUUACAGGACGAAUGCCCGUCGUGCCAGAUGAUACCUCCGAUAAAUAUCUCCGUUUCGCAUGGCAGCAGUCGAAUUCUGCCAUACGAGAGCUCCUUCAAUCGCCGACUCAAACGACGAUAGCCGACAAGAUACACCUGAUGACCUGUUGCUUACUAUUUCACUGCAUCGCAUGCAUCCAAGGCCACCAAAGCACAGCAUUUGACCAUCUUCGAAGUGGCUUGAAAUUCAUGAGGGAAGUUGACCAGGAGAUUGCCGCUGGAUGCCCGGUUUCACAACAAAAUCUAGCGGCGUUACGGUCGUUAAGAUAUAUAUUUGUGGAUAUGGAUACCCAGGCGAGAACUAUAUUGAAUGAGAAAGGACAACUCGAGUGGGAACCGUUCCCUAAGUGCGACCUGGCUGUGUCCCCGGAACCCUUCAAAGACUUUCAAGAUGCUCGAUUCUACUUCGAGGCAACAUAUGCCGAAUUGCAACGCGUUUCUAUAGAAGUAGCCCAAACCCCGCUCCAGGAGGCGGAACAGGUUGAAAAGAUAUUGCAGACACUCAGCGACACUCGAACUCAAUAUCAAAGAGGCACCGUGUUACUGAACGAGUUUCUCCAGAAGGUACCGAGGGUAACUAGACAGGAUGAAGAGGCUGUCAUUAGCAUUCUACUUCUUCACAAGUAUUAUGGCAUCAUCAUGUGGACUCGUCCUCGAUUCGAUGGCACUCAGGUUAUAGCAGAUGUUGACGUGGACGAGGAAGCGCCGGAGCUUGAGGAACUUCUCGACCUCGCAAGCCAACUCAUACAUGCACCGUCUACUCAUACGCUUGCUCCCGAAUCGCUUCCGGAAGAUUACUAUCCAUCGACGCAAGCUCAUGAGCGAUCUAAAUCAGCGAAGCCUGCUCUUACCAACCCUGUCUUUUCAUCGGGAACAAGAGUCCUCUGUGCCUUGUGGAUGAUUUCUUGUCGUGCAGGAGACAUGGAGCUCCGCCGCAAGGCUAUAGCAAUGAUGUUAGACUGUCCACGGCGAGAAGGUGUCUGGGACAGCGUGAUAGCUGGACGGAUUGCGUGGGAGACCAUGAGGUUCGAGGAAACGGCGACCAAUGGGAACUACCAGGAGAUUUUGGACCGGACCCCCUCUCCGCAUGGAGCAGAAACACCACCAAUUGACAAGACGAACCGUAUCAGCGUCAUAAAUAUUGAGUAUGUAGGAGCGAGAGUGGCACGAGUGGAAUUUCGCAGCAACAAACAUUGCAAACAGGGUGAAAAAGGCGUGUUUAGGUAUAUGUCAUGGUAGACUUAUCUCUAUCCCAGACGCCUGCAGGUUUGCUGAAG